AUGGAUAGUCUCGUCAAAAAUGGGCCCUACAUGAACAAGCUGCUCUUGAAUGCCCUUUAUCUCCAAAGCAGCAUGUACAGUGAUUGGGAUUCAUCAUUUUUUGACAACCAGGAGUCAAAUUCCAAGGGCUUGGUCUUUUAUGAGCGUUUCAAGUCGCUACUACCUAACUAUAUUGACAAACCUACGAUUCCCACAACUGUGGCUUUGUUGACGUGUGGAGCAUGUCUGGUUCCAUAUGGCUACCAAAGUGCUGGAUGGGUGCUUUCUGGUAUGGCAUAUCAGAUGAUCGUCGACCUUGGCUGUCAUCUGGAUAGUCCCGCCGCCUCCAAACCCGCGGCUAUUGAGCAAGAGAUGAAAAAAAGAAUUUACUGGGGAGCUUUUGUCAGUGACAAAUUUCAGUCUUUGUUCCUUGGCCGACCAGUUACCAUGCAUGAGUCUACAGGGAAUGUCAGACAUGAGUAUCUUGAUUCUUUUGAAGAGAUGGAGGAGUGGACGCCAUACGUUGACAGUUUCACUCAGCCUGGUGAUAGUUCUGUUCAACCGUAUCGCGGCCGACCGGCUCGCGCUAUCAGCACAUUUCAGUCUUUGUUGCAACUUUCCAAGAUUGCGACUCAAAUAAUCCAGGCUUUCUAUUCUGGAGGAAGCCAAAGAAGUUCUGAGUUGGUCCUCUUGCAAAUCAAGAGUGAUGUUACUGGGCAACUAGGUUAUUGGCGGGACAAUCUGCCUCUCUGGCUGCUGUUUGAUCCAAGUGUAGACACCACGCCCCCGCCGCAUCAGAUCACACCACACGCACUUUACUGGACUCUGGUCAUUCUGACCGAGCAGGCAUUUCUCAACCGUGGUCGAUUCAACUUCACCUUAGAUCCUGACGCAGCGGAAGCCUCUCGAAAAUUAUGCAUAAAGGCGGCACUCAGCAUCUGGAGGCUCGUAGAAGCAUAUAAGCGAGUGUUCACUCUCCGAAGAGCCCAAUAUGGCAUCUCAUAUGCGACCUACUGUGCAGCCCUUGUCAUGCUUCAACACACUAGUCAUGAGAGCAACGAGUAUGGCGAGUGUAUUCAGUUUCUGUGGACUGCGCUUUCCGAGUAUCAGAAGGGGACUUGCUAUGGCUUGAAGCGGCCCCUGAAACUACUCAAGUCCCUCAUGCGACGACUCGGAAGCGUCAAUGCUGGUUCUGAAGCAGAUGAGCCGGUUUUGAUCUGGCCAACGCCCUCCACUGCUUCAAACCCCAGACUAGAUCCUGAUGCUAAUCGGCAUCUUGAAUCGGAGCUUUGGGAUGUCUCUACGUUAGGAAACAUCCCGGAUGACAUAUUUCUGGCGGAUGAUUCAAUCUUUGGGAUGUUUGGUGGAUAG